CGACCAGGCGGGAGGGCCAGUGGCGCCGCCAUCUUGCUUGGCCGCUCUCCAUAGCAACCAGAGCGGGAGUAGCUGCGCCGGCGCUGCCAUUUUGCCUGACCGGCCUCCACGGUGACAUCUCGCCGGGCCGGUUUCCCCGGUAACCGAAACAGCAGCGGCGCCAUUUUGUUUGUCCCGUCUCCACGGCGACCGGAGCAGCGCGGCGCCGCCAUCUUCUUGCUCCGGUUUCCCCAAUAACAGCUGCGUGGGCCGCCAGCACGGCGAUGGCGGGUGCGGGAGCGGAGCCGCUGGAACUGACGGGCGAGGAGGUGGAGCGGCUACGGGCCGCGUUCCGCGACGAGCGGUUCCGCGCGCUGCUGGCCGAGUACGCGGCGGAGCUGUCGGAUCCGGCAGCGCGGCAGCGCUACGAGGAGGAGGUGACGGCGCUGGAGCGCGAGCGCGGCGUGGACGUGCGCUUUGUGCACCCGGAGCCGGGCUACGUGCUGCGCACCAGCCAGGAGGGCGCCGGCCGCUGCUACCUCAACGUGUGCGGCAGCCCGCUGCUGGGCCGGCCCGCCUACCGCCUGCGCCUGCGCCUGCCCUACGCCGUGGACCAGGCCCGCGGCUGCGCCACCUUCGACACGGCCGCGCGGCGCCUGCUCGUCACCCUGCCGGUGCUGCGCCGCCCCGGCCACAGCACAGCCGCAGCCACCUGUGACAGCAGCGCCCCGGAGCAAGCCGAGAGCAGUGAGGCUUCUGCUGGAGACCCCGGUGACAGCACACUGGUAUCCCCCGGUGCCCCGGGCCCAGCUAAGACCUGCGAGGGCCCUGCCGGAGACCCCGGUGACAGCACAGUCGCAACCGCCUCUGUCAGCAGUGCCUUGGAGCCAGGGAAAAGCAGUGAGGGCCCUGCCGGAGACUCCAGUGACAUCACAGCCAUAUCCACCUGUGCCACAAGUACCCCAGAGCCAGCUGAGAGCCGCGAGGGCCCUGCCAGAGCCCCCAGCAGCAGCACAGGGACAGCCACGUGUCCCCACAGCAGCACUGAGCACCACAGCGGUGGCCCGGCCCCUGCCAGAGCCCCCAGUAACACCACAGCUACAACUACCUGUGCCAGCAGUGCCCCAGAGCCAGCUGAGAGCCGCAAGGGCCUUGCCAGAGACCCCAGCAGCAGCAAAGCCACAACCGCCUCUGCCAGCAGUGCUAUGGAGCCAGACAAGAGCAGUGAGGGUCCUGCCGCAGACCCCAGCGACAGCACAGCCAUAUCCACCUGUGACAGCAGUGCCUUGGAGCCAGCUGAGAGCUGUGAGGGCCCUGCCGCAGACCCCAGCGACAGCACAGGGGCAACUGUGUCCCCCCGCAGCAACGCCAAGCACCACAGCAGUGGCCCGGCCCCUGCCAGAGCCCCCAGUAACACCACAGCUACAACCACCUGUGCCAGCAGUGCACAGCCUGCUGUACCUACCAAGUGCCCCUUCAGCAGCCUGGUCUUUGCUGGAGCCCCCAGUGACAGCUCAGAUAUAUCCACUUGUGCCAGCAGUGGCCUGGGCCUGGCUGGGCCCGCUGUGCACACCUGCAGCAGCAGCAAGGGCCCUCCUGGAUCCCCCAGCAGCACAGAUUGUCUUGCCUGUCCCAGUGCUGUGCCCAUCCAGUGCCCCUGUAGCGGCCCAGUCCCUGCUGCAUCCUCUAGUAAUCCCAGCACCAGCCUAGACCCAGCGGUGCCCGCGAAGUGCCCCAAGACCAGCAUGGAUCUUCCUCUAUGCCCCAGCAGUGACUUGGACCCAGCAGUGCCCGCUGAGCACCCCUGUAGCAGCCCAGCUUCUCUAUCCUCCAGUGACGGUGCGGCUCUAACUAGCUGCUCCAGCACUGACCUCCUGUGCCCCAGCAGUAGCCGACCUGCUGUGAUCUCUAGCGAUAGCCUGGGUCUUCCUGCCUGUCCCAGCAGCAACACAGAGCGUGCUGUGCCCGCCAAGCACCACAGCAGCAUGGAUCACCCUCUGUGCCUCAGUAGUACCCAGGCUGCUGCUGCCUCCUCAAACAACAGCUCAGAUCUUCCUGCUUGUCCCGGCAGCAACCUGGACUCUGCUACGCCCUCUGAGUGGUGCUGCAGCCAUGUGGAUCUCCCUGUGAAUUCCAGCAGCUGCCCUAGCUCUCCCAUGGCCACCAGCAGCAUGACCCCUCCUGUGUGUCCCCCCUUCCAGUGUACCCAAGAUGAAGAAUCCCUCACUCUGCUCGUGCAGGUACCAGGCAUCCAGCCGCAGAGUCUCAAAGGGGAGGUUGGCACAAACCACUACGGACUCAGCUUCUCCUCCAAGGACGCUGCUUCCUACUCCUUCUUCCUGCAGUUUCCUUUUGAAAACAAGUUGACCGCCCCUGAGACUGGUGUUAACGUGUCCCCCAGUAACGCUGUCAUAGGGCUGGCCAAGUCUCCUGAGAGCACUGGACUUUGGAAGAAGCUGUCCUUUGGCUUAAAUAGCCACGCUUUGCAGGAAAGGUUGUUUGUCAGUGAAGAAAACAUAGAUGAAUUUCUGGGCAGCAUCUUAAGCUCUUCAUUUUCCAAACAGUCAGCACUAGAAAGCCAGCCCUUAAUUGAAAUACUUAAUGUUACUGAGGACAACAGUCAAAUCAGAUUAAAGCCACAGGCAGUUGAUCAUUCUGAAUUCGGUGGAAAAGAACAAACUGUUAACAAUACAGGGGAAGAGCCAGUUGAGAGAGGGAAUGGAAACUGCCUUCAAACAAAGACAGAAACUAACCAGGCUGCAGCUGAUGCUGUCACAAAAGGACACGCUACAGAAACAGAUGCUGCUUCUGGACCUUUGCGGGCAGCAGCUGAAACAAUGGCAAAAGCAGGUUGUAGUUCAAGCCAUUAUUUGCAACAGGACCCUGCUGAGACGAGUGUAGCGAUUCCUGUGAAAGCGCAGAGACACAAACCAGAGCUGGCACUUACUUUGUCCACAGAGCAGUCCACUGCAUCCUUAGACCAUGCAAAACAGGAAUCUCUUCCUUUGGAGAAAGAGACAAACAUCAGAGAGAGAGAAGUAGUCACCGGUUCAGAACCAGGAGCUGAGAGCCAGCAUAAUCCAAACCACAGACCUGCUUCUCCAGUGAUAAAAGAAAUUAACACACAGGAUGGGAGCAUGCAAAUCAUUCGGGAUCACACAACUCGCUGUGCAGUUGUUUUUCAGAACUCUGUGUUAUAUGAAUUAGACUAAUUUGUUUCAGUUAAGAGGUUUCCUGUUGCUUCUGUAACACCAGCGCCCCUGCACUGUACACCAAAAAUUACCUUGCUCUGAUAUUAAGUGAGGUUCAGUCUGCUGUCAGUUUUUGGAUUUGAGUGGUUUUAAACUUUACCUGUAAUUGGUUUCUGUUCAGAUGUAGAAAUGUAAGCCAGACAAACAAUCACUCUGGUUUACCAUCCUUCCAGGCAGUUGAGCUCAGAUCUUGAGUAGUUCAGUCAUCUUUCUGACGUGUCAUUUUGUAUCUGUUAGUACAUGCACUUCACUGCUGUAAUGCCCGCCUUCAUAAUUUAUCCAACCUACCAUACUGUUGAAGUAAACAGCUCAUAAGCCCUCAUUUAGUUGGACUAACCUGCCAACAAUUUUUAGUAAUCAGUGGGAUUUCCUCAUUAGCUGGAGAAAUUCACUUAUUAAUUAAUUGGUCUCCUUACAAAAUUGUUUAUUGGGCUCAAUCCUAAAUUAGCAUUUUCCAUCAACCUGGACUAUCAAAUUACACCAAUGGAACUAUUAGUUGAAGAACUUGUUCCUUUGCCAGCUCCUACCAGAUCCAGCAUUUUCCACACAGUUUGCAUUUAUUCAUGUAGUCCUUAUCUUACUUACACUUAAGCAUCAAGUUCUUCUGUCUGGUUUCUUUCUACCCGUCAAAGACAAUUCCUCAUGGUUGUAAUGGCUGUACUGUUGGCUUGGAAGUCAGAGGAAGCACAGUUUAAACAGAGAGCAUCUGGAUUUUAAUGAUAAAUUUUCAGUUCCCUUUUCUGGUGCUCUUAAAAGAGCUGCUGCUUUUACGAAGGGAUCCUUUAGCAGUACAGGAAGAAAAUAUAUUUUUGAACAAAAACAGGAUCAAAUUCAUUUUACAAGACAAAGUGAGCAGGACCCAAGAUGAGGUUGGUUACAUUAUUUUUGCUAACUACAAGCACGCCUUGUGGUUGCACGUAACUCCAUGUAGAAGUACAGAAGCUCAGUGCUUGUGACAGCUUGGAAAUCUGGCAGUUAAAUUACCCAGCAGAAAAAGAAUUUAUUUUGGCAACACACUAUUUUAGAAAGAAAAAGAGCCUAGAGAGGUGGUUUUAGAAAAAUGUGGGGACAUUGUUCCCUCUUCACUGAGCACAUGUAAGCAAUUUAGUUCUUUGCCAUAAAGCAGGAGAGAGAGAGAAAUUUUGUUCUCAGGUUUUUGUUUUGCUUUAAAAAAAAUGCAUCAGCUAAGUUUCAGCAAGCUGAUAAUCCUUUCAGACAGGGCCCUACAGUCGCUGACCUCCAGUUACCCUUAUCAGAAAACUAAGCAAUUUAUUUAGGCUUACUGUAACAUGCCCUUACAAACUCACUAGGACUUAGAAGCAUUAAAUGAUCCUUAACUGACUCUGUUCCAUUUGCUGUGCAUGUUCUCCACUAUAUGAUAAUGUUCUUAUGCAGUUCAGUGGAAUCUGUUCCCCAAAGAAGCUUCUUCAACCAAACUAUCAAGACUAGCUAUGCUUGACUGCUAGAAGCCUUUGAAACAGAUGUAUCAUUACCCUCAGAACAGUCUAAUAAGUCAAUGUUUCGAUUUAACAAAUGGCAUUGUUUGGUAUUGUUCACGGCUUUUGGUUCUAAUUCAGUAUAUUUCCAUUAUACAGCAGUGUUUUUAUUGUCCAAUUUACACGGCUGACUAAUUUGAAAGCCUAAGUAUUUUGCAUGUUUGUUCCGAUGGAGGUGUACUGUCAUGAGUUUGUUUCUCUAUUUUAUGUCAAUUACCAAAUGUCCUUAAAUUUUUAAUGAAGUUUAAUGUACGCCAUUUGAAUGGCUAAUGGUAUUUGUUCAAUUCUUUGUAUAAGAAGAACAGAAUUUAUUUUGUCAUAGCAAGAAAAUACAACAAUAAAACUCAACAUUUCCCAGAAUCAAGGACUGGCAGUUUUACC